AUGAAAUUAUAUCCUAAAUUACAUGAUAUGGUAGUAAAGAUACCAAUCAAUGUUUAUUCAAUGCUGGUUGACAAAUAUGGAACUGAUGGUAGUCCACCAUUGCUUAUAUCUGAUGUUAAAUCAGCAGGAUGUUCUAUAUGCCAGCAACAAGAAAGAUUAAUGGAUAAAAGACGUCAAAAAGAAGCUUGUGAUAUUCAAAAAUUAGACACAAGUUCAUUACAAAAAACAGAGUAUUGGUUUCUAAUUAGUUCAGUAUGGCUUCAAAAAUGGCAUAAUUUUAAAGCUGGAGGUCAUAUUGAUAAUACAACAUUUUUGAAAAAAGAUGGAACACCAAGACCUGGGAUGAAAAUAGGUAUUGAUUAUAGAGGAGUUAAUGAAAGGGUUUGGAGCUAUUUUGAAUACAUAUAUGGUGGUGGUCCUGUAUGUGUUAGAGCUGUUAUUGAUCUUUAUUCAUCGCCGUUAGACUUUGGAAACCCACAAACUAAAUCUAACAAUAGCAAUGUUGUAACAAGCCCAAAAACUUCAAAAUAUUCAUCACACCAAUCACACCAUUCUUCCAAUCAAGUAUAUCAAUCACGCCAACCUUCAAAUCAACAACAUCAAUCAUCUUAUUUGUCACAUCUAAUUCAUUCACCAAAUUCAUCACAUUUAAAUCAUUCAUUGCCAAAAAAUCCACCAUUAAAUCCAGCUUAUCCAGGAAAUUAUUAUAAAUAUGAUAAUCGACCAAGAUUUUAA